UGUGGGUCUGUUCGUAGUCCAAACAGGUUCUUCAGUUUCUUCUCUCUCGCGUAAGAAGACGAACAAAAGAAGAAGCGAACAUGAGAUGAUGAAACGAGGGAACUAAACAAAAGUCCCUCUUUGCCUUUAGGGCAGCACAAAGGUGAAGCCUUUUUGAACUGGGUAUGUGUUGAAAAAAUUGAGGUUUUUAAGGUUCAGAAGAGAAUCUAGGAUCUUAAAAAUUGAAACUUUACAGAUGUGGUAUUAAGGGGUUUAGUUUAAAAUUGUUGAAGAAUGGGAUCAGAAGCAGCUCAAGGUUCAUCCCGGUUAGAUACGUUAGAGAUUAAAUCCCUUAUCUUCCGAGAAUUUGGGCAUCAAAGAGCUGAGAGUUACUUCCAUCAGCUCAGAAGAUUCUUCGCUUUGAAGAUCACCAAAUCUGAAUUCGACAAGUUCUUUAUCAAGUCCAUCGGUAGACAACACAUCCAUCUCCAUAACCGUCUAUUACGUUCCAUCAUCAAGAAUGCUAGUGUUGCCAAGUCUCCACCUUCAAGAUUUACCAAGAAAGGUGGCAGCUUUGUUAGAUUUGGUAAUGUGAAUACGAAGAACAAUCAAAGCCAGAAACUUUAUGGUGAUUCGAAGUUCAGAGACAGGCCGAGUCCACUUGGGAAGCCUCAUUAUAGUCUAACUACUACAAACGAGGAGUCUAUGUCCAAGGCACAAAGUGCUACUGAAUUGCUUUCUCUUGGAAGUAGACCUCCUGUUGAAGUUGCAUCUGUGGAGGAAGGAGAAGAGGUUGAACAAUUAGCAGGAAGUCCAAGUGUCCAGAGCAAGAGUCCUGUUACUGCUCCGCUUGGUGUUUCCAUGAGUCUUAGGAGGAAUGGUGCUACUAGAAAGUCUAUUUCCAAUGUAUCUAUGUGUAGCAGUAGUUUCAAGACUUGUCAGAGCAUUGGUGAACUACCUGAUACAAGAACGUUGAGGAGUCGGUUGGAGAGGAGAUUGGAGAUGGAAGGGAUAAAGGUAACUAUGGACUCUGUUAGUCUUCUUAAUAGCGGAUUGGAUGCGUUUAUGAGAAGACUGAUACAGCCUUGUUUGAGUUUGGCUAAUACUAGAUGUGGGAAUGAACAACGGGUAAGAGAGAUGAAUUACCAGUAUACACAGCAAAGCAGAAGGCUUUCAUAUGUGUCGAUGUCAGAUUUUUGUGCUGGUAUGGAGUUGAAUCCUCAGAUUCUUGGAGAAGAUUGGCCUAUACAUAUGGAGAAGAUCUGUUCCCGUUCUUCAGAAAAGUAAAGAGUUAGCAACAAACACCAUAGUUUUGAUACAUAGCAUUUGAUUUUACUCCAUUGAACCUGGAAUUUGGGUUUUUGGAGAGAGUGUUCUGGUUUGGUUUGCGCUGUUGAAAAAAGUUACUGAGAUGUUUCAAGUUUUAUUGGAAGAAGCUAUGAAGAGAAGAAAGGUGGGUCUUCUUGGUGUUGUACAAGUUCUUUACAAAUAGAAGUGAGAUUAAGUAGUAGAGGUUUCGAAGUAAACGCCAUUUGUUUAGCUGAUUUGUUUUUCUCUCGUAUAUUUUUCUUUGUUUGCUCUCUCUCAUGUAACAAAAUUAAUAAUGAAAGCAAAAAAGAAGUAAGCCAAUUUUUUUUGCUUUGUGUGGAUAUUGCCAAUUGUCUUGUCACCAUGAGGAAGGAACACAAGGAUUCUUCAUAUAUCAAUAACACUAAAUAUAGCACCAGCUUUGACUCUCUA